AUGGAAAACACUAAAUUUGAUAUUCUCGGUCGUAAAGAUCUAUUUGUGAAUGUUUUCUUUUUGUUUUCAUGUCGCAAAACGAAAACAUCCACCACUCGUCGACUACAUAAUCCGAAAACGAUCUCAGCAAAUUCGACUCCUGAUCAACUAUCAUCUCAAUCAUUGAUUGUUCAUGAUAGUCAACACAAUAAUGAUCUUACACGGUUCUAUUUAACAACAGCAGAUAAAUUACUCGAAGCGAAACGUCUCUUCUCUCAAGGUCUUUCAUUAUACAAUCAAAAUCAUACAUCAUGGGAAACAAGCAUGAAGCUAUUGAGUGAUUCGGUUCGAGUUUACGAGCAAUUAUUACGUGAAAUCAAUCUAGAUACUGUGAAUCUAUAUGAAUACGUUGCUUCGAUUUACAACGAUCGUCAUCAAUUUGAUUAUACGUGUAUGUAUUUGAAUAAAUGUAUUUCCAUUCUGAAAAUGAAUCUAUCGACAUCGUGCUCGUCAUCCACCAUACUACUCGUUGACGUUCUUCGUAAAUACGCGCAAACUUUGUUCCAUUGUCGAAAGUUUGAUGAUGCACGUCGUACGAUUCUUGAAGCUCAAUUAUUACUUGAUCAAAUGACUCCAACAUCGACGAUAAGCGAAGAAGAGAAACGUACAAUGGGCGUUUUGCAAACAAUGGAAGAUUUAAAAGCAAAAUGUGAUCUUUGUCUUGGCUAA